AUGUAAUAGUAGUAGCAAUACGAUUCUGGUGCGACUAGCAACGUUGGUGAAAUAAUUAGCGUUGUUGUCGUAGAAUAGGAAACUUAUUUUUUCAGAUAUACUUUUCCUAUCUACAGAGCACUAGCUGUGUUUGUGCUCUAUGUUGGAAUUUUAGGUAUCAAUGAAUUAAUCUUCAACGAAUAUAAAAUCAAUUACCAGAAACUACUAAACAUAGAUUUUUCAAUCAAGCCCAAGAGAGUUAUAAGGAAGGUUCUUGUAUUUUUGUUUAUAUUUUUUGUGUUUUUUAUAUGGUACUAACUGGAGAUCGAUAUUCUAGACGAGUCUGAUUAAAUUUCCAAAGUAUUCGAUGCUAUCGAAAAGGAAUACUUAGGCAUUGUGCUUUGGAUUCUCUGCAUAGCUUAUUUUUUGUUUGUUGGAAGGCAAACUUGCCUCUGGGCUGCUCAUACUUUUCUACAGAGUCUACUUAGUCCUUUCCGUCCCUCUACUGUUCCAUUCCAACUAGGAUUUGCUACAGAUCAAAUUGUAUCAUUAGUAGGACCUUUAAAAGAUGCUGAAUAUACUCUUUGUUACUACUCAUCAGAUUAUCAAAGUGUUGAUUAGCUCAAUUAAUGUAAAAAAACUCCUGUUUUACUCUACAUCGCAUUCUUUCCAUUGUUAUUACGUAUGGGAUAGUGCUUGAGGAAUUGCUAUUAAAAAAGAGACUAUAAAGGACCUGAUAUGCUUAAUAUGAUUAAGUAUUUUUUAUCAGUCUUAGUAGUUUAUUAUUCUCACGUUGCAGCAGGAAAUCAAAAAUAUUUAGAUAUUUGGAUCUUCUUCGCUGUUAUCAGUACAGUUUAUUCUUAUGCAUGGGAUAUCAAAAAAGAUUGGAAUCUUGGAGAUACUCGCCAUGGCUUUUUACGUGAAAAAAUUAUAUACAAAAAACCCCACCUUUAUUAUAGUGCAAUGGCUUUGAAUUUUGGAUUGCGUUGUAUGUGGGUAUUCACUAUUUCAGGUGGUGUUGUAAAUCAUUUUGACAUAAAAAGAGAAUCUUUCAAAUUUCUAAUUUAUCUGCUGGAAGUUAUCAGACGUUGCAUUUGGAAUCUUCUGAGAAUGGAAAAUGAAUAAAUUAAUUAAAAGUUAGAUUAGCAUUUUAAUUUUAUCUUUACUCCAGGAAAUAAAUCAGUUAACCAUGAAAGCAUAAGAUCAUCUAUCGAAAUGAGUUUGUUGAAUUUCCAUUCGAAAACAAGCUCUAUGAAAUCAAGUCUUCUUUUGCAGAGUGAUAUCUGUUGA